AUGAAUUGUGCAACUCCUGGAUUAAAUUCUUAUGCUUGUGCAACAGCAAGUGGUAGUUGUUAUUUUGAUACAAUUUCUAAUUCAUUUUAAUAUGUUUCAAAUCCAUUUUCUACUUAUUUAUUAAAUAAAUAUUUAAUAAAUUAUUAUAAUUAUACAAUAAACAUUACUUACAGCUGCAGCUAAAACUGA